UCUGCCUGCUGCGGACCCACCGGACACACACACAGACCCAGACUAUGACAGCCUAACGUUUUAUUCCAGUAACUGGAAGGAAACUGGGGACGCUUCAGAUGGAGUGGGGCGGGCUCCGUGCAGAGGCUCUGGCUCUCCUCUUAGUAAUCGCCACGUGUGUUCAGGGAGACUUUGUGGAUCCUCCGGAGCCGGUCACCUCCCUCUACUCGGCGGCCGACGCUCCGACCCGCUUCCCCUGCCAAUACGAGGUGGAGCCCGAGGAGAAGGUGGUGCAGGUCACCUGGUACAAGGUGCUCCCGGGGGGCCAGAAAGACUACAUCAUCGCCGCCCACUUCACAGAAGGCCAAACAGACUAUGUGAAGUACUCCCGCCGGGUGAGGUUCGAGAGCGGAAACCCCACGGAGAACUCGGCCCUGCUCCUCCUCAGCACCAAGGAGUCGGACGAGGGCACCUACAUCUGCACAAUCUCCGUCUUCCCCAGCGGAAACUUCCAGAGAGAAAUCGCUCUCAACGUCUGGAUUUUGCCCAUCUCCUCUGUGGAUUCAGAGCCCCUGAUGGAGGGCCAGCAGUUCGGGGUGGUUGCCUCCUGCAGGGCUGUGGGUCGACCUCUUCCCAAGCUCUCCUGGGACACCGACCUCCCGGGCCGGGUCCAGAACCGCACCAGCGACACGGGGGCCGUGUCCAGCCUGUUCUCGCUGCACCCGCUGCGCAGCAUGAACGGGAAGAGGCUGGACUGCCUGGUGUGGCAUCCGGGCCUGAAGGAGCCUCGCAGGAUCGAAAACCGCCUGGUGGUUCACUACCCCCCGGCUGCCACCAUCUCCUCCUCUCCUGAGCGGCUGUACGUGGGACUGAAGGGAGCCGAGCUGGUGUGCCAUGGCAAGGGCAGCCCCCAACCCGAGACCGUCGCCUGGAGAUGGAGAGGAGGAGCUCUUCCAGCUGGAGUGUCUGAGAAGGGAGGGAAACUUAUUUUCGAACGAGCCCUCCAACUCAACGACAGCGGGUCCUACGAGUGCGAGCUCAAGAACAGCGUGGGCAUCGGAAAAACAGAGUAUCAGUUAGAAGUAACAGAAAAGUCCGGACGCAUCUGGGAGACCUCCGACGACAACCUGAUGCUGAUCGUCAUUAUCGGCAUCGCGGCCGGCGUGGUGGUCAUGGUCCUGGUCAUCGUGGUCGUGCUGAUCAGCCGCCGCAACCGGCGCAAGACCAAAAGGCUCAAGAGAGCGCUGAGCGAAAAAACAGUCGAAAUUAACACCCUCUCCCGACAAGCCUCCUUCAGGGGACUGGCCUCCGUCGGCUCAGAAUACAGAGGGCAGGGACGUUCCAUUUAUAAGGGCAGCCAGUCCACCCUGGGCGGGAGGUGGCCGAACGCAGAGGAGGUGGAGCUGGACGAACUCGGACGUCCCAUGAUCUGGGAGGACGGCGGGGUGAGGGGGGCAGAGAGGAGCGUGGCCAAGGAGGAGCACAACGCCAGGAUGGAGUUGUUCAUGAAGAGCAGCAACAUGUCACUGGACUCUGGUCUUCCCUCAUCUUUAAUUCCACUGAAGCCCCAGCAGGACGACGGGUGUAAGGAUCCGGGCCCGGGCCUGGUGCAGGAGGGAGACCCUCCCCCCGAGGACGACUCCGUGGUGGAGGAGCGCGAGGAUGAGGACGACGGCGGCUCUUACCAAAUCACAAACGCUCUCAACAAUCACUUUUACUACAGCAAAGGCUUUCUCCGGCCCAAACCCGACUCCAACGCCGUGCUGCUGCACCCCAGUAAAAUCAUCAUCUGAAGCCGACUGUCUGCAGGACCUCACUCUUUCUUACCGGAUGGUUAUUUUUUAACACACAAGGUGUGUGUGUGUCUGUGAUUAGCCCAAAGCGGCACCUUCAUGCACAUUUUCCCACCGAUUGGUGAUAUUUUAAACUCCUAUCCUUACUUUAAAAUGACUUAACUUUUGAAUAAUUUGGGGAUCUUUUAAUUAAUUCACCCAUUAGGCAGUCCAGGUGACGGGAAACGGAAAGAAAGGAUGAUAAUGAGGGAUUUUGAGGUUGACUUAGGAGCUGGAAUUUUUUAAUUAUUUCUUAUUCUGAAUAUUUUGAUGAUCCACUAACUGAGUCAAGUCACUGGAGGGUUUGCGUCUGUUUCACUAACUCGCUCUGAUUAAUUUUCAUUCCUUGCCUCAGCAAGGAGGCGAGGUUCUCCUCACACCAAGUUUACAAAUUUAAAAGGUGGACCCGGAGCAUCCGGUUAAUUAUACCUCGAUAUCCAGUUUUUUUUCAGCGCCAAAAUACAAUUAUCCAAGAAUCCUGUCUUUCACAUAUGCUACCGUUUACAUAAAAACCAUUCAGGGAGGACAACAUGGGCAAUAUGACUAUAUUUACAGCCAUCAUGCUCCUGUGUAUUUACACAUAUGUAAUAUGUAUAUAUAUAUUUACACAAAAUAGUUUUCUAUUUUUAUUUUGUCAGCUAAUGAAAGGUCAAAAAUAGUUCUUACUAUGAAGAACAAGCAAACGUGCAGAUUUCUAAAGGGUAAAAUACAACAAACUGGAGCUGGCGAGCUACAUAUCCGUCUAGUCCCAGUACAGGUUCAAAGGAUAACAGAAGAGUGGCCAUCGAGAAAUCCAAGUAGCCCUCAAAGUUUCUGUCAAAGAGGGAGAUAUGGAGCCAAAGGGAGGAACUGAGACUAGGUCUAAGUCUUACUGCCGACCAGUGGAGACCUGAUGGACUUUGAAUGAAUACCGUCCAUAUGGAAGGACUGUGAGGAGAGGGUGAAUACAGUGUAAAUAUUUUUUUUAUUU